GGCGCCCCCGGGAUCCUCGCCCUCCUCCUCCUCCUCCUCCUCCUCCUCUUCCUCCUCCCCCUGACCCGGGAAAGGGCAGAGCGGCCCCGGCCAGCGGGGAGGGAGAGCGGGGGUGGGGGGCCGUGGCGCUGUCCCCACCGCCGCUGCAGCUGCAGCUCCUGCUCCAGCUCCUGCUCCAGCUGCAGCUCCUGCUCCAGCUCGAGGGGGAAGAGAUGGCGGCGCAGCCGGGAGCCCUGAGACUCCCCACCCCCGCCACCACCUCCUCGUCCUCCACCACCGCCUCCUCCCUCUGGAUCUCCUGCCUGCUCCUGCUGCCGCUCCUCGGGUCGGGAGCCGCCAGGACCAGCUCCCAGCCCCAGCUUCCAGGGGCUAGCGUCAGAACAUUCACUCCAUUUUAUUUUUUGGUGGAACCAGAGGAUACAUUAUCAAUCCGAGGGUCUUCUGUUAUACUGAACUGUUCAGCAUAUGCAGAACCUUCUCCAAAAAUUGAAUGGAAAAAAGAUGGAACUUCUUUAAACCUAGCCUCAGAUGACCGGCGCCAGCUUCUUCCCGAUGGAUCUUUAUUAAUAAACAGCGUGGUGCAUUCUAAACAUAAUAAACCCGAUGAAGGAUAUUAUCAAUGUGUGGCUACAGUGGAGGGUCUUGGAACCAUCGUAAGCAGAACAGCAAAGCUCACAGUAGCAGGUCUUCCAAGGUUUGCCAAUCAGCCAGAAUCAUCAUCUGUCUACGCAGGAAAUGGUGCAGUUCUUAACUGUGAAAUCAAUGCUGAUUUGGUCCCCUUCGUAAGAUGGGAGCAAGACCGUCAGCCAGUCCUUUUGGAUGACAGAGUAAUCAAAGUCCUGAAUGGAGCUCUGAUUAUCAGCAAUGCUUCAGAGGAAGAUGGAGGACUUUAUCGUUGCGUGGUUGAAAGUGGUGGUCCACCUAAGUAUAGUGAUGAGGCAGAGCUGAAAAUCCUUUCAGAUCCCGAGGUUCCAUCGAAAUUGAUAUUCCUGAAGCCACCAGUUCCCACCAUCAGAGUUACUGGUCAAACUGCAGUCUUGCCAUGUGUUGCUUCUGGAUUUCCAACUCCAACUAUUAGGUGGACUAGAAAUGAGGAGGCACUAAUCACAGAAGGCUCUGAAAAAUUGGCGCUGCUGGCAGGAGGGAGUCUAGAGAUCAAUGAUAUUGUGGAAGAAGAUGCUGGGAUCUAUACCUGCAUAGCUGAUAAUGGAAAUGAGACGAUUGAGGCUAAAGCAGACCUUACAGUUCAAGUUCCACCGGAAUUCCUAAAGAGGCCUACCAACAUAUACGCCCAUGAGUCCAUGGAUAUUUUAUUCGAAUGUGAAGUGAAUGGGAAGCCAACUCCAACUGUAAAAUGGGUCAAAAAUGGGGAAAUGGUGAUUCCCAGUGAUUACUUCAAGAUUGUGAAGGAACAUAACCUGCAGGUUUUGGGUCUGGUGAAAUCCGAUGAAGGAUUCUAUCAGUGCAUUGCUGAAAAUGAUGUUGGAAAUGCCCAGGCUGGAGCCCAACUGAUAAUACUUGAUCAUGAUGUUGCCAUCCCAACAUUACCUCCCACUUCACUGACCAGUGCCACUACUGACCAUCUAGCACCAGCAACAACUGGACCACUGCCUUCAGCUCCUCGGGAUGUCGUGGCCUCCCUCGUCUCUACUCGUUUCAUCAAAAUGACGUGGCGGACCCCUGCAUCUGAUCCUCAUGGAGACAACCUCACCUACUCAGUGUUUUACGCCAAGGAAGGUGUAAAUAGGGAACGCAUUGAAAAUACUACUCGGCCAGGGGAAAUGCAAGUGACAAUCCAAAAUCUGAUGCCAGAGACGGUCUAUAUCUUCAGAGUAGUGGCGCAAAACAAACAUGGAUCUGGAGAAAGCUCAGCCCCAUUAAAGGUUGAAACCCAGCCUGAAGUUCAGCUCCCUGGGCCGGCACCAAACAUUCGAGCUUAUGCUACUUCACCUACCUCAACAACUGUUACAUGGGAAACACCAUUGUCCGGCAAUGGUGAAAUCCAGAAUUACAAGCUGUAUUACAUGGAGAAAGGGACAGAUAAUGAGCAGGACGUUGAUGUUGGCAGCCGAUCCUACACUAUUAAUGGCUUGAAAAAGUAUACAGAGUACAGUUUCCGUGUGGUGGCCUACAAUAAACACGGUCCCGGAGUCUCCACCGAAGAUGUUGUUGUUCGAACAUUAUCAGAUGUUCCCAGUGCUGCACCACAGAACCUGACCUUAGAAGUGAGAAACUCCAAGAGUAUCAUGAUUCAGUGGCAGCCCCCUCCUCCAGGGACACACAAUGGUCAAAUUACUGGAUAUAAGAUCCGCUACCGGAGAAUCUCUCGCAAGAGUGAUGUUACGGAGAGCAUUGGAGGAACACAACUUUUUCAGUUAAUUGAGGGUCUUGAGCGGGGUACUGAAUACAGCUUCCGAGUGGCUGCCCUAACAGUCAAUGGUACAGGACCUGCCACUGACUGGGUGUCGGGAGAAACAUUUGAAAGUGAUCUGGAUGAAAGUCGGGUUCCUGAAGUGCCAAGUUCCCUUCACGUCCGCCCCCUUGUUACUAGUAUUGUAGUGAGCUGGACUCCUCCUGAAAAUCAGAACAUUGUAGUGAGAGGAUAUGCUAUAGGAUACGGCAUUGGCAGCCCUCAUGCACAGACGAUUAAAGUGGAUUAUAAGCAACGUUAUUACACCAUUGAAAAUUUAGAUCCAAGCUCCCAUUAUGUCAUAACCCUCAAAGCAUUUAACAAUGUUGGUGAAGGAAUCCCACUCUAUGAAAGUGCAGUGACCAGGCCUCAUACAGAUACUUCUGAAGUUGAUUUAUUUGUUAUUAAUGCUCCAUACACUCCAGUGCCAGAUCCCACCCCCAUGAUGCCACCGGUGGGAGUUCAGGCUUCCAUAUUGAGCCAUGAUACCAUAAGGAUCACGUGGGCGGACAACUCUCUGCCAAAGCACCAGAAGAUCACAGAUUCCCGCUACUACACGGUCCGCUGGAAAACUAACAUCCCUGCAAACACCAAAUACAAGACUGCCAAUGCAACCACAUUGAACUACUUAGUGACUGGGUUAAAGCCAAACACUCUCUACGAAUUUUCUGUGAUGGUGACUAAAGGUCGAAGAUCAAGUACGUGGAGUAUGACAGCCCAUGGGACAACCUUUGAACUAGUUCCUACUUCUCCACCAAAAGAUGUGACUGUUGUGAGUAAAGAGGGGAAACCUAGAACCAUAAUUGUGAACUGGCAACCUCCUUCAGAAGCUAAUGGCAAAAUCACAGGGUACAUCAUUUACUACAGUACAGAUGUGAAUGCUGAAAUUCAUGACUGGGUUAUUGAGCCUGUAGUAGGAAACAGAUUGACCCACCAAAUCCAAGAGUUAACCCUUGAUACUCCAUACUACUUUAAAAUCCAAGCCCGCAACUCUAAGGGCAUGGGGCCCAUGUCGGAAGCAGUGCAGUUUAGAACACCUAAAGCUGACUCCUCUGAUAAAAUGCCUAAUGAUCAAGCUUCAGGAUCUGCAGGAAAAGGAAAUCGACUACCUGAUACAGACUACAAAACACCAAUGGGCGGUAAUAAUAGCCCCCAUGGGAGUCCCACCUCACCUCUAGAUAGCAAUAUGCUUCUAGUCAUUAUAGUUUCUGUUGGCGUCAUCACUAUUGUGGUGGUCGUGAUUGUGGCUGUCUUCUGUACUCGUCGUACCACCUCUCACCAGAAAAAAAAACGGGCUGCUUGCAAAUCAGUGAAUGGAUCUCAUAAAUACAAAGGAAACUCCAAGGAUGUCAAGCCUCCAGACCUUUGGAUCCAUCAUGAGAGACUGGAGCUAAAACCCAUUGAUAAAUCCCCAGACCCAAACCCCAUCAUGACUGAUACCCCAAUCCCUCGCAACUCCCAGGAUAUCACGCCAGUAGAUAAUUCUAUGGACAGCAAUAUCCAUCAAAGACGAAACUCUUACAGAGGGCAUGAAUCAGAGGACAGCAUGUCUACCCUGGCAGGAAGACGAGGAAUGAGACCAAAAAUGAUGAUGCCAUUUGACUCACAGCCUCCCCAGCCUGUGAUUAGUGCUCAUCCCAUCCAUUCACUCGAUAACCCUCACCAUCAUUUCCACUCCAGCAGCCUCGCUUCUCCGACCCGCAGCUAUCUUCAUCAUCAGGUCAACCCAUGGCCUGUUGGCACUUCCAUGUCCCAUUCAGACAGGGCCAAUUCCACAGAGUCAGUUAGAAAUACACCCAGUACAGACACCAUGCCAGCGUCCUCAUCUCAGACAUGUUGUACUGACCAUCAAGAUCCAGAAGGUGCCACAGGAUCCUCUUACUUAGCCAGCUCCCAGGAGGAAGAUUCAGGCCAAAGCCUGCCAACUGCCCAUGUUCGUCCUUCUCACCCUCUGAAGAGUUUUGCUGUGCCAGCAGUGCCACCCCCAAGUUCCACAUACGACCCUGCAUUACCAAGCACACCGUUACUGUCCCAGCAAGCUCCUAACCAUCAAGUUCACUCAGUGAAGACAGCAUCGAUUGGCACUCUUGGAAGAACCCGGCCUCCUAUGCCAGUGGUAGUUCCCAGUGCUCCAGAGGUGCAAGAAACCACCAGGAUGCUUGAUGAUUCAGAAAGUAGUUACGAACCGGAUGAGCUGACCAAAGAAAUGGCCCACCUGGAAGGACUAAUGAAGGACCUUAAUGCCAUCACGACAGCGUGACAGCCUUCACUGGUAUGACUCCAAACCCAGUUUCAUAAUAUUGGGACUCGGCCUUGGAAGACAAGGAAUUGUACAGAGUAAGAGAGGACAGCACACCAGAACAAGCAAACCAGCAAGUGCGUUCAUUUGGAUGCUGUUUGAGAAGAUGACCCCCCUCGUCGUCGUCAUUCUGAAGUGAAGUCAUUGCCAGGUUGACUCCCAUUUGCCUGCUGAGACCACUUGGGGUCGGAUACACAAUGCUGAAAUCUUGUGUCCCAACAAAAGGGGAAAAAGUGGAAUCUGCAUUUUAUUUCUGGUCAGGUUUUUGUCUCAAUGCUGUGACUGCACCACCUUAAUUGAGUGUUGGACAUUGGCAUCUAUGUACAAUUUUUAGUUGUGUUUUUAUUUUAUUUUAUCAUUUUUUAUAAAAAGGAAAAACUAUGUAAUCUGAAAAAAAAAACCCCAGAAAGUUUGUGUUGUUUUCCACAGCCUGGCCUGACAUUGACUGCUUGUUUCUAUUGUGUAUGGAAAUUCAUUGACAGUGUGGGGUGUUCUGGGUUGGUAUUUUUUGUUUCGUUUUUAUUCUAAGUAAUUUCAUCCUCUCCUAGCAGUUAGUCCAUCAUUUUGGGGUGGGAGGGGGGUGGAGGGAUGUUGCAUUGCUAUUUGUAAGCUUUUUUAUUAUUAUUAUUAUUUUUUUAUUAUAAUUAUUAAAGGCCUGACUUUCUCCUCUCAUCACUGUGAGAUUACAGAUCUAUUUGAUUGAAAUGUAACAUUGAAAGACUUGUCGCUUUUUGUGCAGUUUCAGUAUUUGCGGGGGGGUGGGGGGAGGGACUAGGAAGUGGCAGGGAUCCUGGGGCUAGGGGGAGGUCUCAUUAUUGUUUGUCUUCAUACUUUCUUCAAAAAAGACUGAAGAGAAUGGAAGCAUCUUCUGUAAUGUCCUUCCUUGUAACGUAAAGGUCUCUGUUGUCACUGAUUUGCACUUGGAGUUUCAUUUGAACCAAUUUAAGCAAUUCUCAUGUGAAGUAGGUGCUAGUUUUGAGUGCUUUUAAGAAGACUAUUUCACCCUAUAACUUAUUAUCGUAGAGGAACCUAAAGCAGGUAUACUUCACUCAGAAAGGUUAAAGGAUUUGCCCUCUUCCUCCCAAACCCAGACAAUUUGGAGAAUUUGGGGAACUGUUUUGGCACUAAAAACCAAGCCUCAACAUUUAAAUGGGAUGUAAGCAAUUGUCCACCUAUACCCUUUAGGAACUGUUGUCCUGGGAGCUGAGGUGUUUCACUUUCUCAUCCCUUCUCCCUUCCUUAUUCUGGUUGUUUUAAUCUGAGGCAGCCACUUUCUCUCAUCUCUCUCUCCAAUGCCGCCCCCCACCCCCCAAUUCCUUUCUUUCCCCCAUUUCCCCAUUCCUUCCUCUCUGGCCCUGUGCCAAUUGGAGCCCAACAUUGGGAGAUUAAACCGUAGAUUAAGGACCUCUACCCUGCUCCCUCACAUGGGAAGCAAUCUACGGCACAAGAGAAAAAGCAAGAGGUUUGUUUUUUUGUUUUCCCUUUAUCUAUGUCUCCUGCCUCUGCCUCUCUCCCAGAUGGCAGGGAGAGGGGCAUCAGCUGACUGAAAAAAAGGAGGGGAGGUAGUAGAUGUUACAGUGAGUUACGGAAAUAGUUACAGAAAUAGAUGACACACCCAGAGGUAUAGGAAAACAGGUGACUGGAAAGAUGAAUUGUUUUCCAUUCUUGAAACAUCAGGAUUUGGGGAACAUCAUCUUUCUCAGGGCAGUAAUGUAGUAUUUCUUGGCUACGUCCCAACAUACACCACCUCGUCUCUCUUGAUGUGGUGCUUCAAGGUUCCAAAAGAGCUUAAGUGCCUGGAAAAUCUUUUGGCAGAGAACCAAAAGGUUCUUCUCACCCAACUUGGUUCAAGUUGGUUCAGUCUGGGCGACAGACCAGGUAACUCAAGUUUGUUUCUUGCCUUUGAAAAGUUGCUCUCAAUUAAAUUUUCUCUCCUGAUAUUGCAUUCCCCUGUGAACAUAUCUGACUACUCUAAGAAGCAUAUAAUACUGUGAUCAAAACAGAAUGAAGGCUUUGGGGGGGUGGGGUUUCUGCAAAACCCCAGCAAAAGGUGACAGUCCUGCUUUGCACUCCUUGGGAGAGGCAUGUGUGAACCAAGUCAGGGCCAGGUCAGCAGCUGCUCUUUUGGAUGGUCCAAGUCUCAUUUUCUUUAUUUAUUUAUGUGCUCCUUAUCUUACUGGGGAUUUCGUUAGAAUCCCUGACUUGAGGCGGGGGGGGGACAGAGGAGGUUGCCAGUGUUCUUCCAGAUUCAACAUUUUUUCCUUAGAAUUGAAGCUUCUCAUGAAACUCCCAUGCAAAUUAUUAUUGUUGUUGUUGCUGUUGUUGUUGUUUUUCCAAGGAAAGCAAGAACUAGUUGACGGUUUUAUAUGAAGAAUAUAUUAUGAAAGCAGAUAAAGGACUAUUUAGGCUCUCAAGGGUCUGUAUGUUCAUGGAAGGAGAGGUGAGCUAGUCAGCCAGGAAAUUUCUGUAGGAAAUACCCUCCUCCACCAUCGACCCAGGCUGCAGAAUACUAGACUUAUUUAAUAAAUGUGGAAAGCUAGCAGGUGGAAUCUUUCUUCCUUUAAUCCAGGGAACUCAAAUCAGUUUUUGGUCAAGAUGGCAAGAGAAGGAACCCCAAAAAACAACCUGAAGCCAAAUGGGAACAUGUCAGCUCAUCCUAGGCAUUUCAGGGUGAGUUUUGGGUUUCGCAUCCUUGUAGGUUCACUUUUUUUUCCUGGAUUUGUCAUGUGUUCCUGUUUCUAGAAGAUUAGUUGGUCUUAUUUAUUUAUUUGGGGCAGUGAAAAGUGCAAGAUUUGAACACCCACUUCCAAACUAGCUGUUCAGACAUUUUAGUGAUAUUCAGUACAGUAUUCAGGAAAAUGAAUAAGCUAUAACUUAUAUUUACACUUUUUAAAAAAUCCUCUAUGCUCCUAUAGGGAGAGUUUUCCUUGGAAAAUGUCAUACUUUUUGCCCAAAGAAAUGAAUACUUGGUAUUCCAAUUUGGAGAUUUUUUUUUAAUAUUGCCUCUUAUACUUAACACCGUAAAUGUUAAUGCCAUAAAAUUGGGAAGGGAAAGGGAGGGGCAUAUUUUUAAAUGAUAAACAACUGUUCAAAGUUGAUUUUUUUUAAAGGUUAAACAAAAAAACAUUUAUUCUAGUUAGUGUAAAAUCUGUAUUGCACUUUUUCACAUUUUAAUACAUUUUCUUACAUUAUCCUGUGACUUUAAAUCUGAAACAUUGUGUAUCUUGUAAUGUAAACGAUAAGCUGCUAAAUAGCAGCUUUCUUCAAGAAUUUGGAAAAAAUGUAUAUUGCUUUAUAAAUCUGAUGGAGGAUUUGAAGGACUGCUGUAGACUUCCUUUCUGUACACACUUUUUUUGGCUUUUCUGUAGUAUAUGCUGUAUAAUCUCUGGCUUUUUUUUUUUAACAACUUCAUGUUUAUUAUUUCGUAUUGGAAAUCCAAUACAUUUUUUUUAUCCAAUCAAA